UCUGGUACAGCGGGGCUGGGGGCUUCUUCGGUAGAUCGUCUGUCUAUCCGUCCGGAUUGUUCGCGUGCCACCUGGCAAAUCGCCGUGCCAGAUUCUACGUCUCAUUGUUUCUCCUUUUUUUUUUUUCUUUCAUCUUAGAACGGAUGUAACUCGCUCGAUACUCGUGGGAACGGGAACGUGUGAGCCGGAAUAAAUAGUAUCGAGUACGUAAACGUUGUCGCGGCGUGUAACGAAAUCAAACUUAGCGCGUGCCGUUUUAGCAAAAUCACAAACGGGAAUUUCCCGUAAGAUUUUAGUGUGAUUAAUUCAUACAGCUGCUUUAUUCGCGCCGCCGACACUCGCACGCCGGCUUCGAUACUCGCUCUUGUGUUUAAUCAAUAUCAACGUGGAUUGAAAUUCAUGGCAACUGCCUCAAAUUGCUCCCGUUGUAAUUUCACUUCCACGUGCGUAAUCCACUUUCACGAAACCGGUAUUGUGGUGCGCGACACUCGAUCUACCGGGAUCGCAGCGAACCGCCCGGCGCUCGGGAAGAUCGGAAUUAUAAAACGAAAUCGGCCAAUUAAGGCUGGCCGCGAAUAUUAAAAGCCGGUUGUUUUAUGAGUUCAUAUUCUCCUUGUCGGCCUCUCAGGAUUCAUUCAGUGCGCUAGUGGACGUGCUGCAGAUGCGAAGCAGUCUCAUGUGUUACGCGGUGCGCUGAACUAAGGACGAAAAAGGCGGAAAAAAGGAAGUGAGGGACUCUCCGCGGAAUUUCUUUAGCCAACUUUGCGAAACGGUCGAGAUGGGAACGUGCUGGUUCGCAGUAUGGGUGCUUUUCAUUUGUUUCAUUGGCGAUGUGCGGCCGCAAUACAGGGAUAAGAAUAUAAGCACGGCGGAGACAGACGCGGUACAGGCGCUCUUGGCCCGUUACCUUCAGCGUCGUCUUCAAGGCUCUCAGCUGUCGACGCCGCCGCCACCGUCGGUCCUCUUCAAUAACGACCAUCGGGCCCGCAUCCGACAGGCCACUCAAAGAAGUUCACCCAGCAACAGUCUCGUCUCGCGAAAUGUCAGUGACAACGACGGCGACCACCGUCCUGUCUCUGAGGAUUACAACGAUUACGAGGACGACCUCGAGGGCUACGAGGACAGCGAGAGGAGCAGAACCAGAUUCGAUCUCUUAGCUGAUGACUGUCCAAACUGUGUGGACGAGCAUAGCAGUAGCUUGGCGGCUUCAAGAUGGACGAUGCCCUUACUGAAGCUGGGCGAGAAGAGAUACUACCUGGGGAUCUUCUUCAAGGCAAACUGGUACAGGGCCUCGCAAUAUUGUCGUUAUCAUGGAAUGCAUCUAGCGAGUAUAGCCUCCCAGGAGGAAAACGACAGACUUGAAAAGCAUAUCAAGGAUUUUGGUCUUGGUCACGAACAUUUUUGGACCUCUGGCACCGAUCAAGCCGAGGAAGGAACAUUCUUCUGGAUGGCUAACGGUAGGCCGAUCACGUUCGAGAAUUGGAACGUCGGCGAACCAAAUAAUUUCCGAUAUGAAAACGGUGAGGAAGAGCAUUGCCUGGAGCUCUGGAACAGGGACGGCAAAGGGCUCAAAUGGAAUGACAGUCCUUGCAGCUUCGAGACUUUCUUCGUCUGUGAAGUGCAGUGAUCAAAUUGCGAGAAAGGCCGGAGGGAAGGACCAAACGCGCGGGAAUAUUUGUGCGCAAAUCACUGAUUUGCAGCGUGUCCUCAAGGUAAUCCUCGAGGAAACUGCGUGUGACAUUCUCAUCGGCCGCCCGUUCAUUUCAGUGGACUUAGCAAGGGAGAGAAAUUUGACGUGACAUGUGCGCUCGGACUGAAAACGGCACGUGAUUAGCCGGUCGCUAUCGUUGUCACGUUUUGCACAUCUAGAAUUUACGAGUGUGUGCGCAAAACGACACCCGAUUCAGUCAGUUCUUUUCGUAAAAGAAUCACCAGGCGACAAAACAAGCGUUGGAUAAAUCCGCAGUGUCGGACGAUAAAAACGAUUUGUUCGUCUUUUGUGCAGAGGCGGCUCUAAGCACAGCUUGACAUUAGAUUUUAUAGUAUAUCUAGAUUCUUGCAUAUUUAAAGCAUUUGAUUUUAAAUUUAAAAAUCAAUAGAUAAUUAA